UAAAGCGCAAAUUAUAAUGUCAACAAAAUGAAAUAUUUUGGUUAAAUAAUGCUGAUUUCUACAGUCAAAUCUGCUCUUUUUAAUUCUCACAUUCAUGGUGAAAGAGGAAGAAAAUAAUACGUUGUAAUUGAUCGUUGUAGCCAUGUUUUUGUUAAGAAAAUUAGCGAAAAUUUGCCGCUCGAGGCGACGUAAACGGUAUUGGGUAACUUGGAUUGGUAUUCUUUUGGGUGUAUUAUUUUUAAGCUUUCAGAUACAGCAUCCGAUGUAUUUUCGUAAAUUUCGUAAUGUAAAGAUGUCUAGAGCGUGUAGUUCACGAGAAAUACUGGAGGAAUUAGUCUAUUUGACGAGGGAUGUACAUGAGAUCUUAUCCGGAUUGAAUUUGACAGAUUUCUUGCUCUAUGGCUCCCAUUGGGGGGCAAUUCGUGUUGGGGGCCCACUUCCAUGGGAUGAUGACGUCGACCUAGGGGUAGUUGCUGAUGCCAGCUACCUUUCAUUAACAGAAGAUGAAUUUAUCGAAGAAUUUACAAGCCGUGGGUUAACUGUACUCAACCAUAUGACACAAAAAACAUCAAUUAAAAUCACCCGUGGUAUUGCUAAUGUUGAUGUUAUUGUUUAUUAUGAUUACAAUGGCCUCAUGAAGCGCAAAGGCUGGGAGCCAUUUUUAAUUCCUGUACAUUAUCGGUUACACCACAGCUUUCCCUCAUGGGUUGUUGAAACUCCCCCGGGCCUGCCAAAGAUGAAGUUUGGGAACUUCAAUAUGAGUGUUCCACGUGGUGGACGUGAAAUUAUGAAGUAUUUGUAUCGUUACAAUUGGUGGCAAGAUUUUGAGUCAGAAGGAGAUUGUGAAAUUAUAGAGUGGUAGUUAGUAGCUAGGAAAAUAAUUAUUGAAAUUUGAAAUCAAUUGCAAAUGAAUUUGGGAAUAAAUCAUAUGAAGCUUGGAGGGACAAUGGACAAAUAAAUG